AUGACACGCUCCCCGACCACGAGGCGGAGCCAAUUGCUCUCGAGCCCCGAGCGUAACAUCGCCGCGAGCUUCCUACUUGAUACGCGAAACAACGAGCUUAGCCAUCGGGAUGCCCUGGCGGCGGCCCAGGUAGAGCACGAGCGGGUGCGCCAGGCUGCGAUCCGAGUCUACGAGCUUCAUGAGCUGCAACAAGAGCACCGACGUAUCGUCGAGGAGGAGCGCAAGGAGCAAGAGAGACUUCGGGCAGAAGCUCUAGUUGUCGCUGAGGAGAAGAGACUUCGUGAACUCAAGGCCAAGACGAUUCCUCGAUUACCACCAGAGCCCGAACCUCCCACUCCCCCUCCGGCACCCAAACCAGAUCCUUCGAAGACAACAAACGGCACUACACCAGUAAAGGAAUCGAAGCGGGUCGAACCAUCGACAACUCCCCCUUCAGAGAUCAAGAAGCCUGCUCUUGCACCCCCUGCCACUAGCAGCCCCUUCGCACCCCAGAACAAACCGACGAUUAGCAGCCCACUUGCUGCUGCAACUUCCGGACAAACAACAACACAUGGACUGUUCCAGAAAACAAACGGACCAGUUGCGGCACAACCCGCUGCGCCUGCUCCUGCUCAACCUUUGGCAAAACCCGCCGCACCUCCUGUGCAACCCGCAGCGAGUCCCACCGAGGAUCGAUAUAGCCAGAUUCACCAGGAACUCAAGAAGCUGCGCCGGGAACUUCAGGCACAGUCUAAAGUCCCUGGCUCUCCGCUCAAGGGCAAGCUUGGAACCUUCCGUCGAGAGAUCCGGGUGGCUAUCGGCCAGCUGACCGGCGGAAAGGGUGCCAACGCCAAACCAGUCCAGAAGAUCACAGACACAUUGAAGGAGGCCUUGAAGGGUGGUACACCGAGCCCGCCAAUCGAUGUUGGCCUGUUUGUGGUCGACAAGAGAGAGCCCGUUCAAGGAGCCACCCACAACGACCAAACACUGCCUUCACUCUUCAUUUAUCUCAUGAAUAUCUGUGCCAAGGCCAUUAUCAACCAGUUCAUCAACGAAGGUGGCGCCAACCCAAAGGCCGCAGACCCGAUCGGGGUCUUUACAGCCCACAUCUUCUCAAACCAGGAGUUUGAAUGGCGAGGGCAAUCCCUGAUCGACAUCGUAAUGGCGAAGUACCGAAUCGUGUGCCCAGUCCUCUUCGGCCACAGAGGCAGCGAUCGAACAGAGCGCGGUCGUAUCUCUAUCGGUUGGAAGAAGGAUGGGCCGGCCUGGAUCACAGAACAGAGCCACAACGACAGGAUGACUGGCCUGGGUGCUGGCUUUGCCUCUCUUUCUCUGAGAGACUUCAGCAAGUCAUCAAAGAAGAACCCCUACCCACCUACGAAUUACUGGAAGGCGCUCGCAUACAUCGUCAACUCGCCCCCCAACGAGAUCUCAAACACACAAUACGUUGUCUUGCGGUCCAUGAUCCAGGGCCACGAGCAACGCUUCCUCAACUUUUACGGCAACGCAGCUUUGGCUGCUCUCCGCCUUGCGCUUGUCGAAUUCCCCAAGAAGGCGCCCCAAAACGCCACGGCUGCCGGUUCUCUGGCCGCUCUGGCUGAUGUGCUCAAGAGCGAAUCGGGACUGGUGCUGGCUUAG